GAAAACGACUGCUGAGUUGUUAUUGGUGAGUCUCAGUAUUUUACAAGACUACACAAGAACAAUGGGAGCAUCCAAAUCUUUGGAAAGUAGUGGUGAGGUGAGAAUCAAACACUCUCUGAUUAACAAUGAGAAGGAGUUUGUAGUCAGAAGAAAAAAAGCUGUUCUACAAAGUCUGAAGAAUCUUAAAAUAAGCUGCAGUCGGGAUAAAGUGCCACGCAUUGCAUUACUGGGUUCUGGAGGAGGACAAAGAGCCAUGGUGGGUUUGCUGGGAUCCCUGGUUCAGCUUGAUAAAGCAGGUCUUCUGGACUGCAUCCUUUAUCUGAGUGGAGUCUCUGGAUCCACCUGGUGCAUGGCCUCCUUAUACAAAGAACCAGACUGGUCCACCAAACUAGAGACUGUGAAGAACAAAAUCAUUGAGAGAAUCAGCGGACCAGGAGUCAGCUGGGGAGACGCAUUGGCCAAACUGAAGAAAUAUUACUAUGGGAAAGACUUCUUCAGCUUGACUGACGUCUGGGCAGUGCUGGUCGUCACAGCGUUUGUAAAAGAGGUCUGUAAAUAUUCAUGACAUUUUGACAGCUUU